CGACUCUCUCUUACGCUCUUCGUCCUGAUUUUGCCAUCCCUGGUGGUUCCUAUCCCUAUUUGGUGGGAUCUCAACGGAGCGAUUGACCUCCCCCACACUCACCCUGACAGACAAUGGACUACUCCUCCAUAUCGCAAGACCCUGCGGGCACCUCGCCUUGGGCUUCUCCUCGAGCAAGCGAAUCCACCUAUCCCGCCUCGACAACUAGCGACAUCCCUCCGUCCCCCUUGCCCCCACAUCAAUCCGCAUACGACGCGGAAAGGGAUACGCCCGGCGAUGGCUCUCACCCCGAGCACGCGGCCGAGGGCGAAACCGACUCUCCGGACCUGUCGGGGCGACUACAGAAUACUCAGCUAGAUGAUCCGGCUGCGGCACAUCAGUCGGGACAGCAUUAUGGUCAACAUCCGUCUCAGUUGCCCGCUCGCUAUCAGACGGGGGCUAGGCAGCACGCCUGGCAACAACAGCAACAGCAUCAGCAACCCCCCGCUCCUGUGUACCGAAUUACAGCCAAGAUCACCGCGUUGGAGAGAAUAGGCAAGAAGGACCCGAUUCUUCGUUUUGAUGUCCACACCAAUGUUCCCAAAUUCCGAACCACCCAGUACCGCGAUGUGCGCCGCACCCAUAACGAAUUCAUCAAGCUCGCAGAGCAUUUGAUGUCGGCCAACCCGGAAACCUUUGUCCCUGCCGUCCCCCCUCCAUUGACUCCCGCCGGUGCCGGAACCGAAGAGGACGAGAUCCGCGUGAAGGCGUCGAUGCAGCGAUGGCUGAAUGUGGUGAUGGGCAACGAUGUUCUCAUUCAUGAUGACGAGGUGGUCUUGUUCGUGGAGAGCGACUUUGGAUACAGCCCCGUCGUUCGGAUGAAGCAGCCGGCGACGGGCAUGCGGAGGAAGGUCCUGAAGCAGUUCGCUCCGCCGCCGGACGACACGCCCGAGCUGCAGAACGCCCGGCCUACGGUGAAGCUGUUCUAUCUGGGCAGCAUGGAUGCAAGCCACAAGGUCGACCGGGUUGUCAAGGGCCGACGAGGACUUGGUCUUGCGGAAUCGGAAUUUGGCGUCAAACUAGGACAGAUGCACGUGCAAGAAACCCACCCCGGUCUGUCCAAUGCCUACCGCAAGCUGGGCAAGAUCAUUCAGACGGUCGGCGACUUUCACGCCGUCCAAGCCACCGCCGAGGCGACCACGCUCGGGGAGCCCCUGGGCUACCAUUCGUCCGACGCCUUCAUUGUCAAGGAAACCCUCACGAACCGCCACAUUCUCCUGCGCGAUCUGCUCCAGGCCCAGCAGGCCACGCGCAGCAAACGCGCGGCCGCCGACCGACUGAAGGUCAGCUCGUCGGUGCGACCGGACAAGGUGGACGAGGCGAUCAACGCGCUGGAGGAGGCCGAGAACAACGAGACCUACCUGACCAAGAAGACGCAACGGGUGACGGCGAACCUGCUGGCGGAGAAGCGCCGCUGGUUCGAGCGCACCUCCGGGGACCUGCUGACCAGCCUGCGCGAGUACACGCUGCGCCAGAUCGAGGCGGAGCGCCGCACCCUGGCGACCAUGGAGAGCGUUCGACCGGACAUCCGGGCCAUCGAUGCGUCCGGCGGACUGAGUCGACUGGGCCGCGAGGCUCAUCCGGCCCAGCGACGGCCGAACCUGGGUUCGAGCCAGGGACCCAAGGGCGACGCGUGGAGCGGCAUUCCGCGCCGCAACGACAGUCUCGGACGCAGCCUCAGCGGCAGCAUGAUCUCGCCUACUCCGGACGAUGACGAGGAGGUCAACGGGCAGGGCAAGGGGCGACUGCGGUCUGCCAGCGGAGUGAGCUCGAUCGUCGAGGAGGACGACGACGACCGGCUGGACGCGCGCAACGCGGCCAGUCGACUAGCGACCAGUACCUUUUAGCGCGAUUGUACAUUAUGGGCAUACAUGAUUCUGUGAUUCCCCAUUGACUGCUUUAUUUUCAAGCGAGAAGUUGAGUAGUGGAUUUGUUAGUUCAACGUUAUGAAUUUGUUACUAUACGCAUUA